AAUAUUUGCGACACUGUUUGACAAGCACGGAAGGUCAAACGCAUGCUUUUGAACACAGGAGGAAAGCUGAGGUAGAAAUGUGUAGCAGGAAUUAGAAACUUAGCGACUGUAUACAGUUAGAGUAUAAAUGAGAAUUGAUGCUAAUACGGAAAACACUCAUUCAUAAAGAAAUGGUAAAUUUAAUUAACUAACGAACUGCGUUGAGAAACAGCCUAGAAAAAGCAGGUAGCUAGAUUUCAGCUCGCUUUUCUUCCAAACAUUACAUCUUCACAUAACUGCCGCUAUGUUCAGGAGCCUUCUUAGACUCCAGACUCAGUUUGGAAAUACUCUUUUAUUUAGUAAAGUGUGCCAACGAAGUCAGCACUGUGGCUCUGCUCAGAAAUACUCCACAGCCGCAGCAGAAAGAAAAAGAUUUUACCAAGAUGUCAGCAUAUCCCAAGGUGAAGGUGGUUUAUAUGAGAUAAACCUCGACAGAAGGAAACUGAAAACUCCUGGGGGGAAGCUGUUCACAGUACCAAAUGAAGCCCUGGCCAUCGCCGUGGCAACCGAGUGGGAUGCCCAAAGGGACACGCUCAAGUUCUACACUAUGCACCUGACUACUCUGUGCAACACAGCUCUGGACAAUCCCACCGAACGUACCAAGGACCAAAUGAUCAGUGCUGCCCUGAAGUUCCUGGAGACUGAUACAGUCUGUUACAGAGUAGAGGACCCUCAUGGUUUGGUUGAGCUACAGAACAAUGAGUGGGACCCUGUUCUGCACUGGAUCGAAAACAGAUAUAAUGUCACUAUUGGGUCUUCAUGUAGUAUUAUGGGUCCUGAGAUCCCAGAGGCAACCAAAGACACGUUCCGGCAACACCUGAAAUCUUACAACUUCUGGUCACUGACAGGGCUUGAGUACGUGAUCACCCAGCUGAAGUCUGUUGUGCUGUCGAUGGGGAUGAUUGACAGACAUCUGAGUGUGGAACAGGCUGUUCUGCUGUCUAGACUGGAGGAGGAAUAUCAGAUUCGGCGCUGGGGUAACGUGGAGUGGGCCCACGACUACGACAUGUAUGAGCUGAGGGCACGAACUGCUGCCGGAGCCCUUUUUGUUCACCUCUCAUCUGAGAGUUCAACCGUCAAACGCAAACUUCUGCAGGACUGAAACGGAUACGCUCAUACGAUCAUAAAACUCUCGGCGAGCACACAACAAAUCUCAUCCCUCUGUUUAUUCACAUUUCAACAUGUGCGCAGACCAACACAAAACAUCCUGGUUGUUCUGUUUAGCAAUGACAACUGCUGCAUCUGUGAUCUGUUACAGAGUGAUCUCACUCUAGUAAAACAGCGGUUGCAUUUGUGCAGUGUUUACUUGUGGCAGCUGCCAAGCGUGGCACCCUUCCCUAAGUUUCCAGUCAGUUCUCAGUCAUCCAUGACAGUUUGGAUACUGCAAGAGAACAGUGACUGAUGUUGUUGCCUGUUUGAAGGUGGACUGUUAAUACCAUGCCUGCUUUCUAUGUGCGCUACAUUUGAAUACUACAAAGUGCAUCGGCUAGUCUAACAGCACAUGAUUCAUACUAAUUGUGCUGUAUGUGGUGGACUGAACACUGCUGUACACUGAUAGCCUAUUCAUCAGUAUCAUUGUUGGUAGUCCUUUUCAUGUCUAAAGUUUAAAUUAAAGUUGAAAAUAA